AUGAGCACGUCCACGCGUGAAGCAAUUCCACUGAGCCCUCUGUCUCGACUCCGACUGGAGGAGGAAGUCGAGGAUGGGCUCUCCACCCAGGCGCGCCGGCCGGCGCAGACAAGUGCGUUUGACUUACCGAAGCUUGUCCCGAUCGAGGACGAGGAUCUCGUGUACAAGAAUCACCACUUUGCGGAGCGGGCGAACUGGCUUGUGCCCGGCAAGGUGCUGCUGGGGAAGUACCCGGGACAGAUACCGGCCGACCUGGCGACGGGGCCCACCGUACAGAUCGCUCGCGACCGUGUGCUGGACAUCGUCUUACGGGGCGGGGUAACGGACCUCUACUGCCUGCAGGCGGAGCUUCCUCCACAGGACGACGAGAGCCAAUGGGGCCCUCCGGCUGAUAAGGACGACAGCGGCAUGUUCUUUUCGGGGUUCCGUGCUUACCGGGGCGAUGCCGUGGCCGCCGUAGCCGCCGCCGCCGCCGCCGCUCCUGCUUCUGGUUCUGCAGCAACAUUGACGAUGGCGAGUCAGGUGGAGGGAGGCUCAGACCAUAAUGGGAACAUCGCUGUUAACGUCGGUGCAGACAACAGCGAGGAGGGGGGGGGGGGGGAAAAAAAACAAGGGCGGGGCCCAGGGGAGGGGGCGACGGAGGUGGUGCUGGGAGCGAGGGGGGAGGAAGGGCUUGCGUUUCACCACUUUCCGAUACCGGACCUGUCGCCGGCGGAGAACACGGAGAUUCUGGCGGGGCUGGUGGACGAGCUGGAGGCCCUGGUUAGGUCAGGAAAGGUGCCCUUCAUCCACUGCUGGGCGGGUAGGGGCAGAACAGGUCUCAUCGCGUCCUGCCUUUUGGGACGGCUGUACCCGGAACUAAGCGCGGAGCAGUCGCUUAACCGGGUGGACCGUUACUACCGCACCAGGGGCACCGUGGCGAUCGGAAAAUCCAGCCGCGUCUCCCCCGAGACACCCGAGCAGGAGGAACAAGUCCGCCUGUUUUUCAAGCAGGUGUUGAACCGUGAUUGAACACACAUUGAUUGAUCGUUGUGACAUUUUGUUCGAAAGAGAGACGAAUCCUUUUUUUCUUGUAGCCGUGAUGUCUUUCGCGCAACAGCAGGGUGUGUGGGGAUCGUAUUUACGGAGUACGUUAUGGCAAGGUGUGUUGACUGCUGUGUUUGUCCGCCCUCGCCCCCCCCCUUGGCAUUUUUUUCUGUUUCGCAAAAGUACGGUUUUAGGUAGCAUACAGCAGUAUACGGCGUUUUUUUCGCGGCGUGCAGGAGGUAGAAGCGUAAAUGGUACAACAGGAGAACCGGCUUAUUAAAAAGGAACGGAAGAAAUUAAAAAGGAAUUUGUGUGUAGUUCGAGCAGAUCUCCGAACGUGGCCAUGUUUGUUUACGUCUUUAUGAUAUGAACACGGGCUGGAUGGCACUUGUACCAGUUUUGUUAGAUGUGUCUCAGCGUGGAUCUCGGGUGCACCGCACCAGCAACUCCUGCUUAGUUCGAUCGGAGAAGCUCGCCUCGCGGUGCGAUAGAAGAGAAGUAUCCUACAAGCCUCUUGUUCUGUUUUAUGACAAAGCACGACGGGUGGGCUGGGGUGAAGACCCCCCCUCCUUGCGUGUGCAGGAGAUUGCAGGUCUUGUUUUCAGUGAGGGACAAUCAAGAGACAAACGAUGAUAAUUCGUCCGUCGAACGCUGCCUUUGUUUUCAAAACUUUCAUCGGGGUCGGAUGCGUUUUUGGCCGACCAUUUUUUUGGCGUGUACGGGUCUCGAACGAACACGGCCGGCGGCCUUGAUUUCUCUCGGAUUGGUUGAUUUUUCUUUUUUCCUCCGCUGGUCCGAUGGAGAGAUAGGUCGGUUCGUUUGGGUCUCAAGCAGUUCGGUGCAGUAGUGUUGGGUAAAGGGCAAACCAAACAAAACGGGGUAACUGCUGGCCUAUUUGAGUUAACGCCGUCUUUGGGCAAAGCGUCAAGCCCGC